AUGUUUGGCAUCCAAAUUUGUCGAGGAGCUCCUCACCUUUCACACCUCUUGUUUGCUGAUGAUAGCAUGUUGUUCUCCACAGUCACUCCCCGUUCUAGUGAUGCCCUCAAUGCCAUUCUGCAUCUUUAUAAUCGUGCCACGGGUCAGCUGGUUAACAGGGACAAGUCCUCUAUUCUUUUUUCUACAAACACUUCUGUUGAUUCCCAGCAACAAUUUCGACAAUUUUUAAAUCUCACUGGGGAGGGUUUCAUCAGUAAAUACCUUGGUGUUCCCCAUUGUGUAGGCAGGGUCACCAAUUCCGUUUUUCAUUAUCUCCUCCAAAGUGUUUCUUCCCGUCUGAAUUCUUGGAAUGACCGAUCUUUUUCGAGAGCUGGGAAAGAAACUCUUAUCAAGGCUGUUGUUCAAGCAAUCCCUUCUUUUGCUAUGUCAUGUUUUAAGGUGCCUAAAUCCACUUGUCUAAAAAUCCAGAGUGAUAUAGCAAAGUUUUGGUGGGGAUCUCAGGGUAUUAGCAAAGUCCACUGGAAAAAUUGGUCUGCCAUUUCUGUUUCCAAGUUCUUUGGUGGCUUGGGCUUUCGUACCUUGACCUGUCAUAAUCAAGCUCUGCUGGCCAAGCAAGCUUGGAGAGUGUGGACUAAUCCAGACUCUCUCAUCCAUUCUAUCCUCAAAGCUCGUUAUUUUAAACAUACUGAUCUUUUGAAUGCUAAAAGGAUUAUUCCCCAUUCUAGUUGUCCUGUUUGUGGUAACAGCUUUGAAUCUGUCACUCAUGCCAUCCUCGGUUGUGUUGGAAAUUAA